CCCCUUCCGCUUCCUCCUGCCUCCCGUCCUACUGAGCUGCUCUUCUGUCAGGGGGGACCUCGCCAGGCUCUCCAAACCCUUGGAGCCCGCAGAAACGCUCCGUGCCCCGAGCUGUCACCAGCGCCGCCUCCCAGGCCCCGGACGCGAUGCAGGCCAUCAAGUGCGUGGUGGUGGGAGAUGGAGCCGUGGGCAAGACCUGCCUUCUUAUCAGCUACACCACCAACGCCUUCCCUGGAGAGUACAUCCCCACUGUGUUCGACAACUAUUCAGCCAAUGUGAUGGUGGACAGCAAGCCCGUGAACCUGGGGCUGUGGGACACCGCGGGGCAGGAGGAUUAUGACCGCCUCCGGCCGCUCUCCUACCCACAGACGGACGUCUUUCUCAUCUGCUUCUCCCUUGUGAGCCCUGCCUCCUACGAGAAUGUCCGUGCCAAGUGGUUCCCUGAGGUGCGGCACCACUGCCCCAGCACGCCCAUCAUCCUGGUGGGCACCAAGCUGGAUCUGCGGGACGACAAGGACACCAUCGAGAGGCUAAAGGAGAAGAAGCUGGCACCUAUUACCUACCCGCAGGGCCUGGCACUGGCCAAGGAGAUCGACUCCGUCAAAUACCUGGAGUGCUCAGCCCUCACCCAGCGAGGCCUGAAAACCGUCUUCGAUGAGGCGAUCCGGGCCGUCCUGUGCCCCCAGCCCACGCGGCCACAGAAGCGCCCCUGCAGCAUCCUUUAGGGUAAGAGCGCCUCCUUCCCCGCUUCGUGACCCGUCC